UUAUGUCUAGCCAAUUUCUUUCUAGCUUCUUUGCCGUCCACUUUUGUUCUCCAAAUCAUAUACCAUUUGAUAAACUAUUUUCGCUAGUAAGUAUAAAUUUAAUAUGUUUAAUUAGGCCUAUUAACAUUCUGGAUAGUGGGCUCUUAAACUAUAGUUUGCCGUUGCUCCAGAUCAGCAUACAAAAUAUGUAGAUUAUUGUUUUUUUUUUGGAAAUUUUAUAUAUUUAACAAAACCGGUGUAUCAGAUGAUUCAGAUUCCAUGAAGAUGUAUUUUUGAUGUUAUAAGAUAUUGUAAAGAUUAUAAAGUGGAUUAGCAGCUUUAUUGCAAGAGUUAUUUAGUGUCACCACGUGAUGUAAUAACCCAAUAGAUAAUUUAUUAAUACAGAAAAAAUGGGAUUAAUUAUAGUGUACUACUAAUUAAUAAAAAAAGGCAGAGACUUGGAACUUGCGUCAAUGAGGAAUUUGACAAGAACUUCCUUCUUCACUUUAAACCUUUCGGUUUACAGGUCUUUUGAUUCUUCUGUUUCUCUCUAAAUCUAUAGUAGACGAAGAAGCAUAGUAAUAAAGCUUUCACCUUUACUCUACUUUUAUUUUUUGGGUUAUUUUCAGUGUUCAUGUCCUCUGCUUUGAGACUCUGAGGUUUUUUUGUUAAAAAGAAAUCUAUGGCGGAAGCAAGGAGAUUUAGCCCCAAUAACGAACUAGAUGUUUGCCAAAUACUCUCAGAAGCUCGAAACCGUUGGCUUCGUCCUCCUGAAAUCUAUGAAAUUUUGCAGAAUUACCAAAGGUUUCAAAUCUCUACCGAGCCACCUACUACACCUGCAAGUGGAUCUGUUUUUCUAUUUGAUCGAAAGGUGCUCAGAUACUUGAGGAAAGAUGGUCACAAUUGGAGGAAGAAAAGAGAUGGAAAGACGGUGAAAGAAGCUCAUGAGAGGUUGAAGGCGGGAAGCGUUGAUGUUCUACAAUGUUACUAUGCGCAUGGACACGACAAUGAAAAUUUUCAAAGACGCAGUUACUGGAUGCUUCAGGAAGAGCUUUCCCACAUAGUUUUUGUCCAUUAUCUCGAAGUUAAGGGUAGUAGAGUUUCGACUUCUUAUAAUCGGAUGCAAAGGACUGCAGAAGAUUCUGCUCUAUCUUCUCGCGAAGUCUUCACUAGUGAACGUGAUGGUUAUGCUUCUGGCAGCAUUAAUCAGUAUGAUCACAACAAUCAUUCGCAAGCUACUGACUCAGCAAGUGUCAAUGGUGUUCAUACCCCAGAGCUUGAAGAUGCUGAAUCAGCAUACAAUCAGCAGGAAAGCUCCAUAGUUUACUCACAUCAGCAGCCUCCAAGUACUGGUUUCGAUCCUCUCUAUCAGAUGUCUUUGACGCCAGCAAGAACUAUCAACGGUCCUGGAGUAACGAAUGGCUUAAGAAACAAAAAGUCUAUUGAUUCCCAAACUUGGGAAGAGAUUCUGGGGAAUUGUGGCUCUGGAGCUGAAGGUUUAUUACCUUUGCAGCCUAACAGUGAGCAUGAAGUGCUGGACCAAAUACUCCAGGGCUCCUCUAUUACUAUGCAAGCUCCGUACCUAUCUACGAAGAAACAGCAUUUGUUAGACGGUGCAUUGGGCGAAGAAGGCCUGAAAAAAGUGGACAGUUUCAGUCGCUGGAUGAGCAAAGAGCUUGGAGAUGUUUGUGUCAUCGCUGAUGCAAACGAGUCUUUUACACAUUCCAGUUCAACAGCCUACUUGGAUGGAUACGUUAUGAGUCCUUCCCUAUCAAAGGAACAGCUCUUUAGCAUUAUUGACUUCGCUCCAAACUGGACUUACGUGGGUUGUGAAGUGAACGUUCUCGUUACUGGAAAAUUCUUGAAGACUCGAGAGGAGAAGGAGGCUGAGACACGAGAGUGGUCUUGCAUGUUUGGGCAAACAGAAGUUCCAGCAGAUGUUAUAGCCGAUGGGAUUCUCCAGUGUGUGGCUCCUAUGAGUGAGGCUGGGAGAGUUCCCUUUUAUGUUACAUGUUCCAACAGAUUAGCGUGCAGCGAAGUGCGUGAGUUCGAGUAUAAGGUCUUGGAGUCUCAAGCUUUUGGAAGAGAAACAGACGAGUCUACUGAAAGCCUUGAAGCAAGAUUUGUUAAACUCUUGUGCUCCAAAUCUGAUUCCCCGAGCUCGAGUGCUAGUAGUGAUCUGUCCCAAGUGAGUGAGAAGAUUAGCUUGCUGCUUUUCGAGAACGAUGACCAGCUUGAUCAGAUGCUAAUGAAUGAAAUCUCUCAAGAGAGUAUGAAAGAAAAGCUUUUGCAGGAAGCUCUGAAAGAAAGAUUGCACUCUUGGCUUUUGCAGAAGAUAGCAGAAGGUGGAAGAGGUCCGAAUGUGUUGGAUGAAGGUAUAUUACAUUUUGCAGCUGCUCUCGGUUACAACUGGGCGUUAGAACCGACGGUAGUAGCUGGAGUCAGCGUCGAUUUUCGAGAUGUAAAUGGUUGGACUGCACUUCAUUGGGCAGCUUUCUUUGGCAGGGAGCUGGUGAUUGGUUCUCUCAUAGCUCUCGGUGCUUCUCCCGGAGCUUUGACUGACCCGAAUCCAGAGUUUCCAUCAGGUAGCACACCUUCUGAUCUAGCCUACGCUAAUGGUUACAAAGGAAUCGCUGGUUAUCUCUCGGAAUACGCCUUAAGGGCUCAUGUUUCUUUGCUCAGUCUAAAUGAGAGCAACACAGAAACAUCUGAGAGUGCUCCUAGCCCGUCCAGCUCGUCGUUGACAGACUCUCUUACAGCUGUGCGUAACGCUACGCAAGCAGCAGCUCGGAUUCAUCAGGUCUUUAGGGCUCAGUCUUUCCAGAAGAAGCAGAUGAAAGAGUUUGGAGUGUCGGAAGAGCGUGCUCUUUCAAUGCUUGCUCCUAAAACACACAAACAAGGACGGGCGCAUAGCGAUGAUUCAGUGCAAGCCGCUGCUAUCCGGAUUCAAAACAAGUUCCGUGGUUAUAAAGGAAGAAAAGAUUAUUUGAUUACUAGACAAAGAAUCAUCAGAAUACAGGCUCAUGUAAGAGGUUAUCAGGUUAGGAAAAACUACAGGAAGAUAAUAUGGUCAGUGGGGAUAUUAGAGAAGGUGAUACUGCGUUGGAGAAGGAAAGGAGCUGGUCUGCGUGGGUUUAAGUCAGACGCACUUGUUGAUAAGAUGCAAGACGGAACAGAGAGAGAAGAGGAUGAUGAUUUCUUCAAGCAAGGUAGAAAGCAAACAGAGGAAAGGCUUCAAAAGGCUCUUGCAAGAGUUAAGUCAAUGGCUCAGUAUCCUGAAGCUAGAGAUCAGUACCGUAGAUUACUUAAUGUUGUCAACGACAUCCAAGAAAGCAAGGUUGAAAAGGCUCUUGAGAAUUCAGAAGAAGCAACUUGUUUUGAUGAUGAUCUAAUAGAUAUUGAAGCAUUGUUGGCAGAUGAUGACACUUUGAUGUUGCCUAUGUCCUCAACUUUGUGGAACACUUAGAAACCACUCUCAAGCCUAUACUAUGUGAGAUAUUGUGAUCACUCUCUAUCACAUUAUGUCAUUCAUUAUUACUCUAAUUUAUAUAUUUGACAAUAUAAAACAUAUAUUAACUUAUAACCAAAUAGUGUAAUCUUUC